ACGAGAUACGGAUAAAGAAAAAAAAGAUAAUAGUAAAGAGGAAAAGGAAGUAGAAGAAAAACAAAGAAAAAAGAAAAAAAGUAAACAGAGCAACAGGCACAUCUCACCUGGUGUGUUGUCUGAAUUUGACGAAGUUAUUGAUAAACAUUGUGAUAAACUUUAUUUCUCAUUUACACUAAUAUCUUCUAUGGCAUAGAAAUGUUAAAAAUGCAUUACUCCAGGGGUCUUUCAGUGACGUCUCGAACAACAAAGCUCGAACAAAACCCCACGACAGAGAAAAUGAGAAAGAAAUCUCACAGGUGCCUAACUCUACCGCCUCGCACACCAUCUUUCGAUCGUUAUGAGCGCCGGCCAAUCACAGCGCACGUCUCUCCCCGCCGACCAAUCACGAGCAACCUCUCAAAAAAACGGCGACCAAUGGCCAGCCUCCUCUCAUCUCGCAACCUCGGUCUCCUUCUCGACAUAUGGAAAGAAAGUUGGCAGGAAAAACAUUACAAGAGGAGAGUGUAGUUGUGAAAUCUUCCCGGGACGAAGAGCGAAGCUGCAGAGACAGAUGGACAGUGUGGAAAGAGGAGUGUGAAUAAAGGAGGAGAAGAGACUAUGGAAGAAGCGACAAGAAGCGAGUGAAUAUGGGAAAUAAAGAGAAUGUGCAACAGGUUAUGAUGGACGAGGAGAAGGCAGGAUGGCUCUGGCAAAAGCUGCAGAUGAUAUUGUGCUGGAGGGAAGGUCAUAGCUGCUGCUGCUGCUGCUGUUGCUGCUGCUGCUCUGAGGACGAGCCGGGUCACACGCGGAAGGAAGAUAUUCAGUACGUCUUGCAGCACUGUGACUUGAGCGACAGUGAAUCGGUCUCCACCUCUUCGCUUCUCCGCCACCAGUCCAAUUCCUCGUCUCCGUCUUCGUCUGUCAAGGACCUCAAGUCGGACAUUUAUCACCAGAUUGAACUGCGGCGCUCCAACUCCGUGUCUUCGAGGCAGCUCCCUGUGAUUGACGUCCGGCCCAUCGAGUUCUGGUCAGGGGUGCGAGGGGAAGGCAUCCAGCCCCGGCUCCCAGGUCCUCCCAAGUCACCGGGUCCUCCCAGGUCCCCCCGGUGGUCCACCCGAUCAGCUGACUAUGAAAUCCGCCCUCACCUUUACGCCUCCACGUCAUCCUCUCUGGAAGAAGGACCAGACGAGGACCUUCUGGGAAGAAUCCACUUCUCUCUCCACUAUGACGCCUCAGCCUCCAUCUUCUUGGUCAAGGUUCUCGAGGCUGCAGACCUUCCUCGUCCUGCCUGCAAAGACCGCAAUGACAUGGCGCACUCGAACCCAUAUGUCAAGAUAUCGCUCCUUCCUGACAGCAAGAACUCUUGUCAGACGACUGUGAAGAAAAAGACCCAAGACCCAGUGUAUGAGGAAACUUUCCGGUUUGAGAUUCCGUACAAGGAGGUUGUCCGGCGGACCCUAGAGCUUAAGGUCAAGGAUUUUGACAAAUACUCCCGGCACUGUGUUGUUGGUCACAUCCUCUUGCCGCUACAGAAUGUCAACUUAGCUCGACCAUCACGCAUGUGGAGACCUCUAACCCAGUGCAGUCCUUCAGAAGAGUACGGAGAACUGCUGCUGUCCCUCAACUACCUUCCCACUGCCGGCCGCUUGAAUGUUGAUGUCAUCAAGGCUAAGCAGAUCCUCCAGACCAGCCUCGUCAGAGGAGCAGAUCCAUAUGUGAGGGUCUCCUUAGUCGUCCGAGGGAGACACCUCAAGUCCAAGAAGACAGGCGUAAAGAAGAUAACCCUUUCACCUUCCUUCAACGAGUCGUUCAGCUUCCAGUUGGCAGGUCCAGAAUUAAGGGAGUCGUCUCUGGUCGUCACAGUUUGGGAUUGGAAUGGGGGUGUUAUUCGUGAUGAAUUUAUCGGGAGAAUAGUUCUUGGAAAACAGCCAUCAGGUCCACACGAGAUCACUCACUGGAACAACAUGAUGGGGUCUCAGAGGCAUGCAGUCGCGCAGUGGCAUUCCCUUCAGUCACGUCUCCAUUGUGAUCAGGUUGGAGAUAAUGAGAUUUAG